GGCCAGUCGACCAUCCAUUGUGCCUGCCCCCCGCCCGACAUGGCUUUCAGACCGCUGCUACGGCAGCGCGCCGUCGUGCCCGCCAUGGCCGCCCUCUCGGCCACGGCAAUCUUCGCACCCAGGCCUGUAUACGCAGAAGAGCGCCAGGAAGACUACUCGAACCGCAAGCCAAUCUACGACGACCUGCCCAUGGACACGACCGAGCCCACGGCGCCCUCGCUCGCAGAGCCAUCCCGCCCCGCCCCCUCUGAAGAGCCCGUCUACCGCCCGACCCCCACGGACCGUCUGGCCGUCCAGAUUGGGCGUGCGCGCAUGGCUCUGUACGAGCAGGCCGUCCGCGGCGAGAAGGCUGUUGACAACGCCCUCACCGAGACGCUCCGCCUCGAGCACUCGUUCACAAGCACCAUCCGCUCAUUAGCCCCGCCUAAGGAGUCUGGCGAGAAGGUCCUGCCCGGAGCCCUCUACGUGCUCGUCUCCGCCAUGGCCGGCUCCAUUGUCACGCGCAACCGCAACCUCCUCCUCCGCGCCUCGGUCCCCGUCGCCGUUGGCAUCACUGCUGCCAAGGUCGUGCUGCCCAUUACGUCUCAGAACGUCGGAGACCUCAUCUGGACGUACGAGGAGCGGUACCCCGUCGUUGCCGACACACACGUGCGCAUGAAGAAGCGAAUCCAGCAGUUCAUCGAGACUGGCAAGGCCCAUGCCCAGGGCACGGUUGGUGCCGUCGAGGGCAAGCUCGCCGACACGAGGGAGAGCCUCGAGGACUGGGUCAAGAAGGGCCGGUAAAUCAGUGUUUGCGGAAACAGCUUGUUUGGACACGAGCUCUUGUACAUUAGCGGAAUGGUUCUAGGUGUACGCGCAUCUUCCAGCAGUGUCAAUUGCAUUUUUGUGAAUGUC